AUGUCAAACAAUUUAGACUUGAGCUCCACUUCCCCUUUCUCCCUCCAAAACCUGCAACAUCGCCCUGACCUCCACCUCCAAAUCCCUCCUGAUUCCGAAGAUGACAACAACCAACACACUCCUGGCUCCGGCAGCGGUAGUGGGGAUAUUGUAGGGCGCCGGCCACGGGGUCGCCCCCCUGGUUCAAAAAACAAGCCCAAACCACCCGUGAUCAUCACUAGGGAGAGCGCAAAUACCCUCCGGGCACACAUCCUUGAGAUAAACAGUGGAUGCGAUGUCUUUGAAUCCAUCGCGAAUUAUGCCAGGAAGCGUCAACGUGGUAUUUGUAUAGUAAGCGGCAGCGGCACAGUCAACAACGUCAGUCUUCGGCAACCUGCAGCGGCCGGAUCUGUACUCACCCUCCACGGCAGGUUUGAGAUACUCUCGCUGUCUGGUUCCUUCUUGCCACCUCCAGCACCACCGGGGGCCACCAGCCUAACUAUAUACUUGGCGGGUGGACAAGGACAGGUUGUUGGUGGGAAUGUCGUCGGAGCUCUGAUUGCUUCUGGGCCGGUGAUUGUGAUAGCAGCAUCUUUCACAAACGUGGCGUAUGAAAGGUUGCCACUGGAUGAAGAGGAAGCGGCUGCUAGUAGUGGAGGAGGGAAUGGAGGCGGCGGAGACGGGAAUGGAGGCGUGAAUCAUCCAUUUCCAGACCCCUCAUCAAUGGGUUUGCCGUUUUUUAACUUACCACUUAACAUGCCUAACGUUCAGCUACCGGUGGACGGUGGUGUUUGGUCUGGCAACAUGGGUAGCCGGCCACCCUUCUGA